AUGAGUUAUCCUAAUAUUUAAGAAUUUUUAGAAGACUUUGAAAAAUAGAAUGAUUUAUUAGGAAAAGGGACAUAUGGUGAAGUUUAUAAAAUGAAAACGAAAAGAUGCAUUAAUCCUGAAUUAGAAAAAGUAUAGGAAGGAUAAGAUGGUUAUAAUGGAUAGUAUUAUGCAGUAAAAAUGAUGAAUGCUAAAACAGAAAAGUCAUUUACAACUAUAUAGAAAGAAUUUCUUAUAUUAAAAAGUCUGCCAAAUUAACAUCCAAAUAUCAUUAAACUUUACAAAGUAAUAUUUAAAUAAAAUAUAUAGAGUUAUGCAUGGGCUAAUCAAAUAACAAAAAAUUACACAUUAGUAUUAGUUAUGGAACUAGCUGAUAAAAGUUUAAUGAAAGAGAUUGAAGAGAGAAGAUUAGCUAAUAAAUAUUUUUCGGAUGAUUAAUUGCAAUAAAUAUUUUUAUAAUGUAUAUAAACAUUAAAUGAUAUUAAAUUGCAUUCAAAUAUUUAUCAUAGGUAUUUAAUUGAUAUUUAAAUAGAGAUAUAAAACCAGAAAAUAUUCUUCUAAAUAAAGAAUAGUAAAUAAUUAUUACUGAUUUUGGGGUUUCUCGAAAAUUAAUGAAAGAGAAAUUACCUACAAUAAAUGGAACAUUAGUUGGUACACCUGCUUAUUUGUCUCCAAUAUUAUGGAAAGCUUUUGAAGAGGGUCAAUUCUAAAUUUCAAAAAUUAAUAAAAUAACUCACAAUGUUGAAAAAUCUGAUGUUUAUUCAUUGGGUGUAACUUUGUUAUAGACAACUCUAUUGUUGAAUUCAGAGAUUUAAAAAUUAAAUUCUGUAAAUUUACAUAAUUGAUUCAGGGUGAACAAGGUUAGUAAAUAACUUAAGAGUUAUUGAGAAAUGUCUAAAAUCAAAAAAUUAAGUAUAUUCUAACAAGAAUGCUUGAACAUGAUGAAAAAUAAAGAGCCACCUACAAUGAAUUACUUUAAUAAUUGAAUGAAACCAUUCCUAAAUAAAUUAGUUAAAACAAGAAGCCCAUAUUCUCAUAUGUUGAACCAAAAUUGGGAAUUAAAGAACAAUUUAGUUUGUAAGCCAAAAUGAAAUUCGAAAACAAUAGUAAAAAAGAUUAGUAAUAAAAUCAAUAAAGUCCAUAAUAAUAAUUAGAAUAAUAAACAGAUGUUGAAACUAUAAGUUAAAACUAAUUGAAUCCAUAAGAAAUAAUCGAAAAUAAAAUUAAAGAAUAAUGA